AUGAAUAAGGAUAGUAAGAAUCAUCAAGGUUAAUAAAGUGAUGAAGAGAAUGAUGAAAACAGAAGAAUAAAAGUGAAUGUAUUAAAAUAGAUAGAGAAGAGAGGAUUAUAAAAAGAGUAUUAGAAACAAAUGAUUAGUGAAUAAAAUUAAAAUUAGAAAGAGAAGGUGUUGAGCAUGUAAAAAAAUAAAUAUAAUAAGAUAGAAUGUGGUAAUUUUUAAUAGUAAAAUAAUUGGUGUAUAAUUGCGCCAAAAAUAGGGAAUGCGGGAAUAUUUAUAAUUGGAAUGGCUGUGAAAUGAAUUGA